AUGAACGCGAAGAAUGCCCUGGAAAUGAGUUUCGUGAUAGCGAGGCACCGAAGACCAAAUGCUUACGUAACACUGGCGCCAUUUUUUCACAGAGUCAAAAUCUUUUAAAGGGUUCCCUUAUAAAGCAGCCAACACACUCUUUCCGGUUAUGUUGAACUUUAUAACGAGCGUGCAUCCACACUUGCGUGUAUAUGCUAG